AACAUAAGCUUUGCAUUAAUUGGUUUCUAAACCUCGCUUUCUUAGCAAAUUAGCUAUGGUCGUGUCGUCUCCAACUUCGAUGAGAACGAGGAAGACAAAGGCGGUGGGGAUUCCCGUCAUCGAUCUUUCUCUCAACAGGUCAAUGUUAUCGGAGCCGAUCGUUCAGGCUUGUGAAGAGUACGGUUUUUUUAAAGUCGUUAACCAUGGAGUUCCAAUGGAGAUUGUGUCGAGAAUGGAAGAGGAAGGGACUGAAUUCUUCUCCAAACCGGCGGCUGAGAAACAACGGGCCGGACCAGCUACUCCGUUUGGUUAUGGUUGCAAGCACAUCGGGUUGAAUGGCGAUAAGGGCGAGCUGGAGUAUCUUCUUCUCCAUACUGACCCUCUAUCCGUUGCUGAAAGAUCAAACACAAUCUCCGACGACCCUAAAAAAUUCAGUGGGGUUGUUAAUGAUUACAUACGAGAAGUACGGGAAUUGGCAUGCGAGAUUCUUGAUCUAGUGGCUGAGGGUCUAUGGAUCAAUGAUAAGACCGUCCUCAGUAGGUUAAUCAGAGACGUCAACAGCGACUCUUUCCUUAGACUCAAUCAUUACCCUACGAUAAAGGAUCGGGACCCAUCAUCAAACGCAAUCAGAAACGAUCAGAUUGGAUUUGGAGAGCAUUCGGACCCUCAGAUCUUGACCAUUCUAAGAUCCAACGGCGUGGGUGGCUUUCAAAUCUGUUUGCAUGAUGGACUCUGGGUCGCAGUCCCACCUGACCCCACCCAAUUCUAUGUGAUCGUUGGUGAUGCCUUACAGGCUUUGACGAACGGGAGAUUCGUUAGUGUGAGACAUAGAGUAGCUGCAAAUUCGUCGGUAAAGUCAAGAAUGUCGACGAUGUUCUUUGGGGCGCCGCCACUUGAUGUGUUGAUAUCUCCUCUACCGGAAAUGGUGUCACCUGAAAAUCCAAGUCUCUACAAGCCCUUCACUUGGAGCGAAUACAGGAAAGUCAUGUACUCCCUCCCGCUGGCCAACAGCCGUCUUGAUUUCUUCAGGAUUCAUCCCGCCGGUGGGGAGCAUAAGAUGCCGCCGUUGAUCUAGCUAGAAAAUUUCGAAUUUAUAGGAAAUUUUAUGUAAAUGUAUAUAUAUGGGGCAUGGCAGAAGUUGAAAAGCCGAAUACUAUUUGCAUUAGCUAACAGAGAAUUAAUCUUUUGGCUUAUAAUCAAGAAAAAUUUAUGGAUUUCUAGCUAGAUAAAAAAUAUUUUGCAUGUAUACUGUAAUCCUAGUUGUUUUGGGUUUGAUGUAACUAAAGUUUGUGUGAGUUUAAUUACCUUGAAAUAUAUGUACGAGGAGAGG